CAAGUGUCAAAAUGGCGGCAAGGGAAGAGGAAGAGAUGACAUCGAAAUGGCAAAAUCGUUUACCUGAUCACUCAGUUUUUAGAGAACUUCGCAACAAAGAUGAAGAUAAUAGCUUGCAAACAGCAGAAGAUGCUAAAGAGAGUAAAACGAAGAAUAUUUUUCUCGAGAAUGACGGUGAAUUAUUUGUGUGGAAUUCGGCUAAAAGUAGCUUGCUGACUGCAAACCUUAAGAACCUCCAUUUUGAUAAUGAACGCGCUGAUAAAUUCCAAGUAAGUGAACGCUGUAUUUUUUUUCAUUGAUUGAUUGUUUGUGUGAUCGAUUAAUUGAUUUGCUGACUGACUGAUUUGUUGACUGAUUGAUCGACUGAUUGAUUGACAGAUUGAUUGAUUGAUUGGUCUACUGAUUGAAUGAUUGGUUGAUUGAAUGAUUGAUUGAUUGACUAACUGAUCAUUGAUUGGUAAAUUGAUUGACUGAUUUGCAAAGUGGCACUCUGAUCUUCUAGACUUAAAAAGCUGUGGUUUGGCUUUAAUAACAUUUACUAAUGUAAGUACUUGUUGGUGGUAGAAAAGUGACAAGCUGACUGAGUCAUGCAUUGACUUCUUGAAAACAUUGAUUUUUGUCAACAGACCUUUGUUUGCACUAAAGCUCCUCUAUUUGACGUGGAUUCUAUGCUGUUUAGCCCAUCCUCCAAGUAUCUUGCUCUCAUAGGAGAAAGAGGAAUAGUAGUUCUUGAGAUGCCGAUUAGGUGGGGCAAGUUUGCUGAAUAUGAUGGUGGAGAACCAUCAGUUAUGUGCAGGUAAUCUUUACUCAGGAUGACCUCCAACAUCCUUAGGAGAAACUUUAUUAUUGUAAAUUGGAGAGGGCUAGGGUUUCCCUCUUUCUCCACUGCCCCCUCCCCCAUAAAUCUACAGACAUGGGUGGUCCCAGGAGCCAUUAGGUACCUUGAAUGAAUUGUCCAAACCAAGUGACUUCUGAUAAAUUUCUUGGUUCUCCCUGCAAAAAAAAAAUGCCCUUUGCCACAAUGGAAGAAUUUGACCUGAGAUCAAAAGUCAGUCAGGGCUUUUUUUCAUGCAUACCAUCUAUGAGAGGUUUACUGUAGCUUAAGGAAAUUCCUUGGUAAUAUUCAAAUUUCAUUCCAUUGAAGUACUGUAUGUGAUACUGAAGUAAUUAUUCGUUAUUUCAAAAAUUACUAAUAAUGGUAAACAUGGACAGUCUGCACUAUGCAUUUAGGACAAUAAUAUUAUCAUUUAGAUUCAUAAUACAGCAGAAAAUAAUUCAGAAAUAAUAAAAAAGACUCACCUACAAAAUGAACUUAAUGGUUGUUUUCCUUUUAGCCUUUUCAUCACCAUUUUCUAUAAUAGUAAUUUUCUCCUUUUUAGAACAAUACCAGUUGAUGCAAGAUUCUUUGUUACUCAUCAAAAGAUCAAAGUUCUUGAUGUUAAGUGGCACCCUGGAAGCCACACAGAUGUUCACCUUAUGGUUCUUACAUCAGAUAAUAAUUUGAGGUGUUGUCCUUGAUGCUUAUGUUGAAGGUCAAAGUGAAAUUCAAGUUAAAAUGGUUUCAAUCAACAGUAGGUUUAUUUCCAGUUUCCUUUGCUCCUUAAACCCUAAUUAUUCAUCAUCAGGAAUAAUUAGGGAUGGGAGACAAAGGAAAAGAAAAAUUGAGAAUCAACAUAGGUUGAAAUCAUUUAAACCUGAAUUUCUUUUUGACCGACAACAAUUAUAUAUUCUUUAUGUUAAACCUUCAAAUCCAAUGUUAAUUUUUUUCUCCUAAAAAUUUUUCCAUUAAAACUAGUUAUGAGAAGUGGAAGUAUCAUUAUGAAAGUAUGGUAUCUUAGCGACCAUUCCAUUGUGGUGUUUCAGAACACACACCCAUACAUGUGUACCUCUUCCAUUGAGUGUGUGUGGUUUGCUUCAAACACUCCAUUGCAGUUGUAUUACUUUCAAUACUUUGUUUCCUAGCCUUAUAGUAAUUUAGGAUUAAUAAGGGCUCUGAGACAAUGGAAAUUGAGAGUCAACCUACAUGUAGGUUGAAAAAUUAUUAUAACCUGAAUUUAAUAUCCUAUGAAAUUCACACUUAGCUCUGAGAAUGAGUGGAACAAAACAAAAGAAAUGAAUUAUUAUAAUGUAUCACUAUAUCUCGAUGUAUUUUCUUUUGUUUAUACCCCUCAGCCUUGAAGCCAAGUAUGAAUUUUAAUACAUGUAAUUAUUUCAAAAGUGGCCUAUUCCAACCUAUAACAUGAUUAAUAAUAAAAUUAAAAUAAAAUUAUUUAUCCAUACAUUUUCUUUGUUACUAUCUAUUUGUAUCAUACACAGACUCUACAAUGUACUUAAACCAACUUCUCCAGAAGAACUAAUCCCCUUAGGAGAGUCAUCAUCAAUGACUGCAGAGUACAGCAGAAAGUCCAUGUCUGUUGGUUCAAUGUCAUCAUUUGCAGCAGCCCUUGGAGAAACUGCCAUUGCCUUUGAUUUUGCACCAGCUGUUAAUGUUGUUGAUUUGAAAGGAAGCUACAGAUCUAGUGAAACUGAUGCAGAAGUAGCCCAUCCUAUCUUUAUUCUGAGAGAAAAUGGAGACAUCUACUACCUUGUUCACAAAAUUUCCUCAAGCAGGUGUGUUGUCUUUGACUGACUGUUGUUUGACUCUCUCCCUGUUAGUCCCCUGGGAAGUGUUUCCUGAAAGUCUCGGUAACUUUUCAGGCCCAAAAUCAAAUAUUCAAAUUGAAAUAUAGGGAAUAAAAGUGCAGGUCCUGGCUAGCAAACUUCCUCAUUUUGUUUCAUUAACUGAUGAUUUUAUCAUGUUUGAUGCCAACCUAUUGAAACCUCUAUCUUGCAUGUAAACAACAACAGCUUUGUGGGCCCAUUAAUUAUCGGGACUUUUGAGAAACGCGCCCCAGGUCCCAGUUGUUCAAUAGGUGGAUAGGGCUAUCCACCAGAUGAAUCUCUAUCCAGUGGAUAGCACAAUAUUGGUUUCGCUAAUACUUAUCCACUGGAUAGUGAUUAAUCCGGCGGAUAGUGCUAUCCACCUUUUGAACAACUGUGUCCUGACGUCAUUUUAACUUUAAGUAGGGAAUAUUACCAGUACAAUGUAAUGAACUUUUUAAGUAACAUAUCAUACGUGAUUUAUUAAAUUCAUCAAUCAUUUGAAACUACAGAACACUGAUGAUGUCAGAUGUACUGACAAAACAUGUCUGGAAAAUUAAAGAAAGGUUUAUUGUUUCUGUGUCCAUGUUAAUCCUUUGAGUCAAAAGUGACCAAGAUCAAUUUUCUCCUUACAUUAGCAGUAAAUUAUCAAGAGAAAAAGCUAUGAGAGUUAAUAAAAUGAUCAUCUAAGGGAAAAUGCUUAAUGAUCAGUCUUUUAUCAAAUUCUCUCGGCUAAAUCUUUUAGGCAAUGCAUGAAGAUCAAUAUGGAGAAUUUGUAUGUGAAUAUUAGGGCUUAAAGGGUUAUAAUUUGGCAACACAAAAUAGUUUAGAAAAUAUAAUAUUAUUUCCUUUCAGGCAUCGACGAGCACAGGUGAAUGGCCCAUUGUCUAUGUAUCCUGCGGCAGAUGAUAAUUACGGACUGGAUGCCUGUUCUUUGCUCUGUCUACAUUCCCAGCCUCCCAUUGUUGCCAUGGGAACAGGGAGUGGAAAAAUUUAUCACUGUAUUGUUCUAGAAUCAGAAGAGACAUUUGACCCUGAAGAGGUUAGUUUUGACAUAGCAGAUUAUUGGUCACUUUCUUAUUGGGCUUUCAUAUUGGUUUUUACACCAAAACAGCAUCAAAUAGGGUGUGGGGACAGGGUGUCUUUGCUUCUGUUCAGAGAAGACGGUUUAUGGUGCAAAAUUAGAAAAUAGAUGUAACCGUUUCAAGAGUUUUGUUUGAGGUUGUAGUUUUUGCUAGGCAAUCACAACCUUUGUGCUCAUUUACACAGAAGUGUUUUUAGAACCCCAGGUUUUAGCCUGGCUUAGAAGGUUUAAAAACUUUUGUUGUACAUUGAAUUUGCUUCAGGAAAUUGCGUCUUGGAACAGACAUGGAGUUGACACAACUGAUGAUAGUCAUCCCAAGCUUUCUCUUUAUGUUAAUGAAUGCAUUGAGCUGCAGAUGUCUCUCUUGCCUGAUACAACAGAAUCUCAGUCAGAUAGGAGUUCUACUGAAGAUGACUCAGAUGAAAAUGAAGAGUCAUUAGUUUUGAGACUACAGCAAGGUAUAAAGCUAUUCGAAACUAAUAAAAACUAAUUAAUUAAUUAAAAACUAAUUGUGAAAUGUUCACUAUAGGGUGGUGGUUUUUGCUAGUUUUCCAUCAUCAUUUCAUUAUCACACCAGCGUGCAAAGAAAGUUGUGUCCAAUAGCCCAUGGCUAGUGGAUUUUGCUAUUGGGCUAGUGUUUUUUGUUCUUAACUUGCCCGAUGGGCAAGUGCUGUUUUUUGGGGAAAUUCAAAUUACAGAAGGAUUAUUAUCAAUCCUGCUAAUCAAAAAGGGUUUUGGGGUUAGUUGAAAUGACUUGUGGGCUAGUAUAUGCUAGCUACAGCUUGCCCGAAUGGCAGGCUGUAAAAGACUUUCUUUGCACCCUGCACACCCACCACCAUAAACAUUUUUAUCAUCAUCAUCAGCAACAGCAUCAUUAUUUUAUGUUAUCAAACACUAUGUCUAAAAGCAUAUGCUUCCAUCUGUAAUAUUGUUUUGGACGACCAAAUUACUGUAUCCCAGCUUUUAUCAACCAUUUUUUCUUUACCUCAGAAAAGGCAUAAUAAUUUAAUAAUAAUUUAUUGAAGCUGCCUCUGCUAGAAGAGAAUAAUCCAUGAAUUAUUUUUUUAGAUUUAUUUUUACAUGUUUCCUUGCAGAUCCAGUGUCUCCUUACCAAUAUCACUGUUCACACAGAAACGGCGUACACACUGUAUCCCUGCCAUGGGUUAAGAAACUACAAGGUUUCUGUGCACAAGGUAAUAAUGUAAUGUAAACUUGCUCACAGGUUAAUUUCUUUGAGCUACAAAAUUGCAAAAACCAGUAAUGAAAUAGCAAGAAGUAACUGAUGACCCUACCCAAAUGGACCUUUAGAAAGUCUAUGUAAUGUAAUGUAACAGUAGUUUCUUGUUCUCACUACUACACUAACCUUGCUCCCACAGGUUUUGUCCUUGGAUAAUUUCAUUAUUUGCUGUUCAUCGCAGUAAAGGCUGAUGAAAAAGGCCCUUUAAAACGUUCUUAUACUCGUACUCUCAAAUUAAGCCUUUGUUCUACAAACAAACAAAUUAACAGACAAAUGGAAAUUAGAAGAGCAUCAGUUACUUAAGUUGAUCAGAAUUCACUGGUCAACAGCAUAAUCUUUCCCGAUGGAUGUCAAAGUAGUAGUUUCAUUAUUUAUUCUCGUUUACAGAUGGUCAGAGUAAUUUUGAUCCUGAUGAAGCAGCUGUUGUAUAUCACAUGAUCUGUACAUCCCCAGCAGGAUCAAGGUAUUUACUUAGACAUUAUUUACUUUUCGUAAUAUCAAUACCUGUCUCCCCCAUUUUUUCCUGUUUGUCCCUUUUAUCUUGUCAAUUUAACAAAUCAACAACAAUAAUAUUUUUCAUGGUCUAUACUCUAAUUUAGACGUAAAAAUAGUGUCCUCAAUUAGUACUUUUGAGCUCAAUACCUUAACACUAAAUUUAAGUGCUUUUUUUCAAGGUGUAUGUGCAUUCAUUUUGUUUAAUGCUUGUACUUUUGCAGUUCAUCAUCUCCAGUAUUAGGUGUUUGUGUAGUAAACAGUAGAAUCCUUGGCUCCUCAAUGCUUUGUUUGACUUCAGACAUGGAAUGUAUUGUUAGACCUUUGAGGUAAGCAGGAAAGUGAUCACAAAUUAAGUAAGUAGAACAGAGGUUAUAGAUUUUACAUGUGAACAAGAGUCAUCUUAAAGACCUGUAGAAGGACCAGAAUUCCUCUAGUCAUUAAUUCAGUCAUUAUUUUCACUUUUUUACUUUGCUCUGCUUAAUUAAAUAUUGCUGCUGAGUCAAAGUUGGUAUAAGAGCUGAUGUUUUCCUAUGUUUGUCUGUAGUCUACUUAGCAGGGUGCCUUCUCCUCCAACUAUAGAAACAGACCAAGAGAAAAGUUAUGAAAGGUGACAGCUCGAUGUAUCUUCCUUGUUUAUUUUGUAUUGUGACUAUAAUGAGGAACUCAUGAGUUUUAAAGAUCCAUAUGUAACUUUCGUUUAGAGUGAAAAGCCCUAGUGGAUUAUUAUUUAGUAAUGAUUGUUCAGUUUCAAUUUUGGUUCAAAUUUAUAUUUUCCUUUGUUUCAAACCUGUCAUUUGGAAGUGCCAUGGUAACAGGAGUCACCUCAACAACAGUCACCAUGACUGCAGUCAUCAUGACAGAUGUUACUAUGAUUGCAGUCAUCAAGUUACUAUGCAUGACAGCAGUCACCUGCUACUAAUAUGACCAAAGUUAAUAAUAAAAGUUAAUAAUAAUUAUAAUAAUGGCAUUAUUCAAAAGGAUCCACGAGGUGGCUCUUCCUCUGUUGAACCUAUUUAACUAUCAAGCCGAAAAAAAAAAAAAAUUACAAGUACUUAAAAGUAGGAACAUCAAAAGUUCAAGACUUGUAUGCCAUGUUAUGUGGGUUUAUCUAGUUUUUUUUAUCUCAUCCUUACUGUGAUAGCUUUUUGUCCCACUACGUUUUCCCCUAUCCUUUAAAAUCGUGAAACACUUCCACAGUCUUCUUUGAUGAGGAAUGCAGUCUUGAACUCUAAUCUAAAAAUUUAAAAUUUUACUAAACUUUUUACUAAAAUACAUUACAGAUAUAUGAACCUAUAUUACUUUUAAUGACAAUAAUAUAUUUUAAUAAUAUUAAUUCCCUGGGCAGUUUUCAUGCCAACAAUUAAUAGAUUUUUGUUUUCUUUUUUUUAACAGUGCUGGCUUUUCACCAAUAAGACAAUUGAAUGUAGGAUUAUUUAGAACCCAGAUUCAACAGAUUUUAACAAGAAACACAUCAACACCCCUGUUAAGGUGGGUUCAUGAUUUGUGAAUAGCAUAGCUGUUUGGAAAUAUAAGCGAGGUCAUGGCUAAAAGGAAUUAAUUUGAAUUUCAGAGUGCAUUUUAUAUAAUAAUAUUAUACAAAGAAAAAUGAGAUUGCAGCAGCUAGCUAUAGCUAGCUGUGGAUAACUACAGGUUGCACAAGAAAACACAUUUCUGGGAUGACAUAAAGAAUUUUGCAAAAGGAAUGAAUGAAUUAGGUUAACAAUGAGAUAUUACCCACUGCAUCUCUCUCAUCAAGUCUAUGCACUUCUUAACUUAGUAUAUGGUGAAUAUUUUCAUAAUCCUGGAGGUCACUUUAUGGGGAUACUCCAGAAAUAUGUCACAGGGAAAUGCAAAUAAUGGAGUCAUAACUUGAAACUUAAAAUAGUGGUACUUCCUGGAAUCUCCCAGUCACCAUAAAUGAAAAUCCGGAGGAGCCCCCCUUCCCUUCUCCCCCCAGGGAGGACUUUACACACAAGUGAUUUCUCAGUAAAGAUCAGUUAUUCCUCUAUGGUGUAGCCUACUACAAUAAGUAAUAGUGCAGCCAUGCAGUAAGUGAUGCAAAACAUGUGCACACACCUUAACUUACGAAGAACGUGCACACACUUGGCUUUUUUUUGUUUUCACAAUGUCUUGUCUAUCUGAGAGCCAGCUGGCACAGGCUGACUAUAGUGUCGUUUCUUCCUAAGUAGACAAGAGCAGGAAAGUUAAAUGUAUCUACCACCGACUCAACAGUCAGACCUAAAUUGUCUUCACUGUGAAAGCCACGGUUUAUUCCACUUAGAUUUUUUAUUCUUUGUAGAGCUGGUGAGGAGUCAGAAAAGCUUUCACAGGAGGACUGUUUUCAGUUGCUUAUUCAAGCACAAGAAAUUUUAAGGAAAGAGUACAUUCAGAAACAGAACAAAGCCAGGGAAGAAAUAGAAAAAAGGUAAGGGCAUUUUAAUAAUUUUUAGACCUUUGUUUCUAAACUUUUAAAAUAAUUUAACAACAGAGACUUGACAGGGGUGAGAUUAAAAUCUUAACAAAAAACGGGUUCCCUGUUACUAGUAACUAGUACCUAGCCCAAAGCAGUUGCACAGUACUACCAUCCUUUUUUUUUACAAACAUUACUUCAUAUGGGCAUAUUUUACUUGCCCAUUGGACCAGGCACUUGUGAUUAAAACAUGCUAGCCCAUGCCAAUGGGUUGCUCCAUUAGCCUAGGCUACUAGAUGGCACAGCUUAAGUAUUUAACCAACAUACACUGCCCUGCUCCUACCAAGGUGACAGCCACAAAAAUUAAAACUGAGCAACAGAAGCCCUUCAUGUAUCAUUAUGGUUUUAUAACAUUUGAAUGUAACACUUUUUAAACAGUCCUUAAUGAAUGUAAAACAUUUUGAACAGUCGUUUACAUUUAAGUUAUUGCAGGAACUAUAUGAGACCUUAUUUCCUCAGCUUUGAACAUUUUGUAUAUAUUGUAGAUUUCCACUAUAAACUAAUAUUUAUUUUAUGGUAGGUUUUCUCUCUUUAUGUUGUAAUUCUUUUCACAGUAGUUAGUAUCUAUUUAUAGAAAGCGCUCCCCAGAAAGAUAAUAAAAAUUAUGUAUGUAUGUAUGUACGUAUAUAUAUGGGUAUGGUGGAACUCAAAAAUGACUUAAAAGAGUUUUUUCAUUUUAGAUUGUAAGAUUAACCCUAGAAAUGGUGGGAACAUCAAAAAGAGUCAUAGUACUCUCUAUCAUUUUGAUAAAGCUAUGUAAUCAAGUGCUUGCAAUGUCUAAUUUAAAAUAAUUUAAAUUGUUUUCUCCUCAGAAUUUCCAUACUUAAGGAUCAAAAGGAGAAACAGAAGCAACACUUGGAUAAACUGCAGAACACCAGUGAAGAGCUCACAGAACAAACAGAAAUGCUUGGAGAGAAACUGGUGGAUGUGUCUGAAAAUUAUCAUAAACUUCUGGGCAGGUACCUCUAAUUCACAUACAAAUUCUCCAGACUGGUCUACAUUUAUUUUUUAAAGAAUUAGUUGAGAAAAUUUGAUCAAAGAUGAAAGCACUUUCCGUCUGGCGAUCAUUGUAUGAAUUGUCAGAAUUUGUUAAUGGAUAUUGUCCGGAGAAAAUUGACAUUGGUCACUGUUAGGCCUUAAAUGGUUCAAGUUUGGAAUAGACCUUGUCACAGGUUUCAGUUCCAUCUUGAUGAGUAGGCAAAUGUGUGAGAAAUUACAGUGUUUGUAUCAGAAUCUUAUGUCGAAUAAUUUCCGUAGAACAGCUGUUCUGAAAAAAAUGUGAAUAUUUGUAAACUGAUGCUUCACUCCCAAGGAUUCUACUGAAAAAAUUGAGGGCGUUACAUGCGUUAGAAGACCUAGAACCACUUUUUUAAAUUUUCUAUACAUUUGUCUGUAAGAAAGUCCCAGGAAAAAUAUUACAGACAAACAAAUGGAAAAUCUAAAGCAAGCAUCUGGAGAAAUUUAAGCACAGGUACACCUCAAAAGUUUUUUUAGUACAAUCCUUUGUUUUGUAGUUUUAGUUUACAAGUCAUAUUUUUUUCAAGAACAGCUGUUUUAUGGAAAUUAUUCGACAUAAGAUUCUCAUACAAACACUGUAAUUUCUCACAUGUUUGCCUACUCGUCAAGAUGGUGUCGAAAACCGUGACAAGGUCUAUUUUUAAAGCAUUUGCUCCCCUCCUCUAAUUUUAGAAUUGUAUAAUAAUAAUCAUUCCUUUCAUCUUCCGAUAAUUAUUAUAGGAAGAUGAAUGGAAAGAUUUGGGCAACCUUGCAGCUCUUGUAAGACCUCACAGGAUUGGUUAGGAAAAGAAUGAACAAUCAAAGUUAACAAUAGAGCUUAGCCCUAAAACGAAACAGCUACGACCCUUAGUGGCCCACUUAAAUUAGGGGUUCUGACGAGCUGCAAGCCUACUGAAAGAUUUACAAUGUAUGCUACAUUGAUUGUUAAGGUUAAGGAGUGGAAAAACUCUUUGCAUUUUAUCUUCACAGACUUGAAGGUCUAUACAAAUACAUACACAAUGGUAUCUCUGUGUUGUCUCUUGCUGAGACUAACAUGAAAAAAGAGUUGGAAGAGAUUGAAACAUUUUUAAAAUUCCACAAAGAAUCACUGCAACAAGUGAGGAUUUUCAUGAGUGAUCAAGUUUUUGAUUAUAAUAAUCAUAAUAUUUUUAGUAAUGUCAUGAUAGUAAUGAUACAGUUAGUAGCAAUAUAACAAUCAUGUAUAAUCAUGCUAACCUCAAGAUAAACACUCACAAGCUUUAAUACUCCCACAGGCUUUUCAAGUAAACUCCCACUAGUUUUGAAAACAGUGACACUUGCUAUUUGAGAGGAGUGUUGUGCCAAACGCCACUUACAGGGCACUUACUGAGGUAUCCUUCUUAUCAAGGUGUCUGUUAAGAGAGAGUCAACUGUUUUAGAAUAUUAUGUUGAAACCCUGUUGGAUACACGUGGGACCAUGACAAGGAUAGCCUUCCUUAGAUUUUUGUGAUGGAGCACUGCAUGACUAUUGAUUUAUGUUUAUUCUCACUUGUUACAGAUUAAAGCCAAAAGGUCAUAUUCAUUGAGAAAGAGUCCAAGAAAAUCAAUGUCACCCUCAAAGUUACCAGUAGUCAGCACUUCGCAGCAAAGGAGCAUUAAAAAAAUAAUGACAGAAGAGUAAGUUAAAUUAAUAUCAACAAUGAUUAUAGACUUCAGCUUAUCUUUGACUUAGACUUGUCGUCCAUUUAUCAAAUGAGAGGGGUAGUGUUGACAAGUGGUUAAAGCUUCAGACGUGUGAUCCAGUGGUCUCAGGAUCCAAGCUUUAAUCCUGUCCUUACCUCUCGUAACCUCUAGUUUAUAACAUAUUUACAUAACCUUACUCCUUUGGUACAAUUAUAUUUGCAGGCUGUGUAUGUAUUUAUUUUGUAACUAAGAUUUGGAAAAUAAGAAAGUUUUUGUAUUUUUACAUGUUUUAGGAAUGAUAUGAUCACAGACCUUGUAAAUCAAGUCAAAGAACUCAAAGUGCAAGUUGGGUUGUAGGUCUAUGCUAUCUGUACAUUAAAAAAAGAGAGUAAUAUUCCUUUUGGAUUACUCAACAUGGAAAGCUAUUUCAUAAGCUGAUGCAAAUUUUGCAUCUGAAAAUCUGGCCUGCGUGGCAGGUACUUACAGAUGAAGAGGAACAGGAAAAAAUGGGCAUCCCCAAGAAUGUGAAGGAUACUUUUAUUAAAUAUAACCUUCUUUGGCUUUUCCCUUCUAUUUCAACUACUUACCUAGCCUCCCUGCAGACGUCCUUUGGGGUUCGUUUGUCACGCAUUCAUUUAAUGAAUGCGUGACAAACGAACCCCAAAGGACGUCUGCGGGGAGGCUACUACUUACCUAACGGUCUUUUUACAAUGCUAAUCUUGAUUUUGACUCUCAGCAAACUGUGGUACAUGUAGUCAAAUGAGGCCAUGAAACUAAAAGUGAUUCAUCUGAUGUUCAGAUACUGAGAAGUCUCCCUUGGAGCCGUUUUUGCCUUGGGAGACCAGAUACUGAAAAGUGAGUUGAAAAUAUGAGACACAGCCAAGUUCUAUGAUACCACCUACUGAGUCUGAUUAUUAUAGUUUCUAAACUGAACAAUAUUUCUUGGAGAUAAUCUAAAUCACACAGGAAAAUAUAGGCUGAAAACACCUAAUUUGGAGAGCUCAUACAGAGCUCCCGUAAAAGUAUGAUAAGAGUCUCAUGUAACAUAUUAAGCAUGAGACACCUUGUAUCAUCACCAGAUAAAUCACUGAGAAGAGAGUUGAAAAUAUGAAGCGCAGUGGAGUAUUUUUUUUACGAACGUUUAGACUUGAAGACAUGAGAAUUGAUCACAGGUUAGCAGGAACAGUCGACUCUCUCUUAAUGGACACCUCUAUAAGAGAGACACCUCGGUAAAAUGGACACCUAGAGUUGUUCCCUGCCUUUUUUUACUCCUGAACCUAUCUUUGACUCUCCAUAGGACAGGUGUCUCUCUUAGACGGACACUUAGUGCUGGUCCUGAAGGUGUGCAUCUUAGAGAAUGUUGACUGUAUUACAUGAUUCUCUAGUUAAAUGAAGACUAGAUAGAUACCACUGUCUUGUUAGCCAGGGUAGUUUUAGCUAAGGAAGAGAAGAGCAGGAGAUGCAAGAGUGUGAACCAAAGAAUGAGGAAUCAUUAUACAUUUCUGGGAAACUGCCCACCUACUCCUCCCCUAAACCAAUGUUAACACUUAGGGCAAAAUGUUGACUUAGGGGAGGGGUAGGUGGGCAGUUACCCAGAACCGUAUAACGAUCCAAAAUGAGAGUGGGGAGAAGGGCUCCUGAUUUAAAUUUUUUUGCUCCUUUUUACCCUAUGUCCUUACACAUCUCUUACCUUUCUCCCAGUUGUCUAAAAUGAAAAGGGAACGACUGCUAUGUAGGAUAACCUCUGAUGUGCUCUUAAACUAAUGCCAGCUCAUGAAAAAAAAAAGAAAGCUAUUCUCAUGGCACAUUAUAAUGUGCGCAUCUCGCAACAUGCUUGCAUUCUUCUCAUCCCAAGAGUUCUUGGCAAUUGGGGUCAAUUACGAUCCUUUGUGGCCUUCUUGCUUAAAUUUGGCCAUCGCAGUGUGAAGUCUUGCAGUUUGACAGGAU